AUGUUGGACGGUGCUCCAGCGUGUGACCUGGGGCACAGAGGGCAACGCCCCCUCCCCCACCACAGACUUCCCCCACGCGUUUGGAUUUUGCCAGCCCUAUCCCCUUCCCUUCUCCUUCCCCUCUCACCCAUGCUGGGGAGCCACACCCGGCAGGAGGCUAUAGGACCCAGCAGGGAAACCACUCUGGCAGGAAGGACCCAGGCCUGGCAGUCCAAAGACCUGGGUUUUAAUGCUGACCCCGCCACUGAUGCACUACAGAGCCUUAAGAAGGAUUCUCACCUCUGGGCCUCUGUUUCCCCACUAAGAGAAAGAGAGAGUGACACCAGAGAGGCCCAUUUCUGUCCUGAUGUUCUGGAAUUCUGCCUGGCUGGGUGCCAUCUCCUGGAGCAGAGAGCUUUAUUUGGAGAGUUUCCCCAGGCUCCCUACCCAUCCCCUUCCCACUAUCACCCGUCAGUCAGUCACUUAAGAAAUCAGGUGGAGAGAUGCAGGUCCUCCCCUGUUGCCCCCUGCAACCCCAGCCAUGUCUUUUGUCCCCUACCCUGCAAACGUGAAGGAGAAAGGUCUCCCCCUCCUUACAGGGCAACCCCAAGACAUGCUACAGAACCUCUGGUUUGCAAAGUGGAGACAAUGAUUCCUACCUCCCGAGGGGGCGGAGAGGCCUCCUGGCAUUCACACUGGCCAGGCCUGCCGAUGCUGUCCCGGCUAGUGGGAAGGAUUGCCUUCCUCUCUGCUCUCUCCCCCAUGAGAAGCCCUAUUUGCUUUGUCAUAUUACCCUUCCUUUCUCCCAGGGCUGGGUCCUUUGAUGUUGCCCCAACAUUAUGCCUCUGUGGGAAAAAAAGAAAAAAAAAAUCAGACCGCGGAAUGGGCCUGAAAUUCAGUGUUUACCACGGCUCAAGGACACCCAACCUGGGGCCGGUCGUCUUUGGUUUUCAAGUGAAAAUGCUUUGUACAACUGAGGAGUUACAGCAAAGUGUUAAUCAGGGGUCCAGGGAGUGAGUUGGAGAGAUGGAGUUGAGAGUAUUUGCAGCCAGAGGGCUGCAGGGUAGAUUGGGAGGGGGGGGCCAAGCCCUCUGAGCACUUAGGAAGGGUGUGUGUGCUCCAGCCUGAGCCCUGUAGCUGCCUCCCUCCAGGCCUGCAGGGGCAGAACGCCCGCCACCAACUGUGAACGUGCUUACCGCCCACUGAAGAAUCCCUCUGCUCCCUGCCUGCUCUACUGUGUCAAGGUGAGCCAGAGUCACCCUGGCCCUGGGUUCUCUGUCCCCGAGAAGCUGUCACUGUCAGUCAUCCUCGUGUCCCUCUAAAGAGAGCAUUCACAGGGGUGGCAGUGUCCUGGUUUCCACUGCGAGGACAAGGCCCCAAGACUUCCAGGGACCUGGCCCCACAGGGAGGACCUGGGCUUCUGGGUGCUUGGGCUGAGGUUGUGCGGGAAGUCCACAUCCUAGAAAGAACCCAGGCUCCAGACUCCAGAAGGAAUAUCACCCCAAAGUGACCUUUGCAGUAGGUUUGUCCAGCUGGCAGUCACUACCGCUGCCAUCUGUGCAGAAUCAGCCACUGUGGGGGGGCUGGGCCCUCCUGCCUGGGGCAGCCCUUCCAUACUGCCUCCGCCCCCUGGCUGAAUUUGGGAGCUCUGUGUGGUCAGCAAAAGCCACUGCUGUCCAGGCUGGUGCUGUGAGAAUUAAGUGCUCAGAGGGCCUGGGCGUCCAGGAGACAAGAAAGUGUGUGGUUUCAGUAUGUUCAAAAGGGACAAUCGCUUGCAGUUAGUAGAUCUAGCGAUCUAGUUGGGAGAUAAUGGUGUUUACCCCAUAUGAAGUAUUCAAUAGUUCUACUUGUGAAUUUGUAUUUAUUUUGAGUUAUACUUGACACAGAAUUCCUUUUUUUUUUUUUAAAGAAAAAUACUAUGUGUGUAUUUUGAAAAGAAAAUUCAUGGAUGUUAAAAUUUCUGCAUGGUUUCCAAUUUUUCUCACAACACUGAAUUUGUUACCUUCUCCCGAAAAAUCUUCACAGUGAUUUUUGUCUGUAUAUAUUUGAGGGCCUUUUUUUAAAAAAAAAAAAGAAGAAAAAGAAAAAGACAAGAAAAAUAUAAUUACUUGAUUUUUGAGAUUUAAAAUAAACAAAAGGAGAGGCAUUUUCAAAACUUCAGAGCUUUCAGGAGGGCAGUAGAAUAUCAAAUGAAGAUUUCUGAAAGUAUUUUUUGCAAACCUUCUGGUUGAGCUGCAAGAAAAUAUUUAUGGUGAGAACUUUUCUCUUUUUCCUGUUUUUUUUUUUUUGGUUUGAUUUUUUACUAUGCUUUGGUCUGUAAAAAGUCUGCAACUGAAUUACAUUAAGGAAAUAUUGUCUACAUAGAAUAUUAUAUGAAGUUGGUACAUAAUUCUGAUGAGGAAAAAAAAAUCUUUGCAAUUCUUUAAGCCAUAUUAUUGUUAUUCUCUCUUGUUUGCCUUGGAUGAAAAUAUCAGUAUUAAGUAGUCAGCAUAUUAUUCAAGUGCUUAUACUUAUUAAUAUGUUCCUGUCCUGUAUUUAUACAUAUGUGUAUUUUGGAAAGUAUUGCCUUUUUGGAGGGAAGCUAUUAUUAGAUACUUAGUGAAAAAGGGAAUGGGGAGCUCUUUGAGCCUCUUCAGCUGAGGAUAACACAGCACUAUAAUCCAUUCUCUUGCACCUUCUUAUUAUUAUCUUGUUAUUAUGGUUAUUAAUCUUGUGGGGGGGCAGGAGUGAGCUAGGGGAACAGGGGGCAUGUGACUGACUAGCCCCUCUAUGGUUGGCCGGCUCCAAAGAUGGCCUCCUUGGCCUGAUCCAGGGCUUCCGGUCAGAACAGCCCAAAGAGGGAAGAGGAAGACAGACUUCACACCGUCCCUUUUGGAGCUUUGCCAUCUGAGCCAUGCCCCAGGUCCCCAUGCUCUUUGAACUUGGAUUUGUCACCCUGCCCUCCACCAUCUAAUGGACUUGAAUCUACUCGAAAUGAAUAUUUAACCCAGCAUCACUACAUCAUAGCCCAGAGCGACAGCUAACCCUGAAAUCUGGGAGGCGUCCAGCCUUGGGGAAUUCAUCGCUCUUUGUUGCCAACCUCACUCGACGUCCUCCACUCGCAUGUGGUGACCCUGUCCAUGUCUGUAUCUGUUAAUAUGUGUGUGUCCAGCUAGAAAGACAAACAGAACCCGUGGGCCAGCUCGGAGGGUGCGUGGAGGAGGCUCCCGACCACUCCCGUGGGCCGCCCUCGGGAUGGCAUUCCGUUGUGUGCCUUAUUCCUGGAGAAUCUGUAUACGGCCUGCCUAUAGAAAUAUAGCCUUUUCAUGCUGUAUUAAAAGGACUCUUAAAAGCAA